CGUACCCUCACUCCCCUUCACUCUCACACACUCACCGCAUUUUGGCGGGAGAGCAGAAAGAAGCAGAAAAAGCAAAGGAGCUCAAAGAGACGGCCGCACCCACAGCCAUGGCGGAGGACCAGGACCAAGACGCGGCUAUCCUUGAGGAAGAAUACGCCGUGUGGAAGAAGAACACCCCUUUCCUCUACGACCUCAUCAUCUCUCACCCUCUCGAAUGGCCAUCUCUCACCGUCCAUUGGGCCCCAUCGACCCCACAGCCCCAUGCCGAAACAUCUUUCGCCGUCCACAAGCUCGUCCUGGGUACCCACACCUCCGAUGGCUAUCCCAACUACCUCAUGGUCGCCGACGCCCUCCUCCCCACAUCCCAACCGAACUUUGGCGCCAUUUCUGAAGAAGAUCCUGAGAUGCCUAAGGUGGAAAUAAUGCAGAAGAUUCCUGUUGAUGGGGAAGUGAAUAGGGCACGGUGGAUGCCACAGAAACCGACUAUUGUGGGUGCGAAGACCAGCGGUGCUGAGGUGUAUGUGUUUGAUUCUGCGAAACAUGGGUUGAAGCCUCAAGAGGGUGGUUGUGAUCCUGAUUUGAGGUUAAGGGGUCAUGAUAAAGAAGGAUAUGGUUUGUCCUGGAGCCCUUUUAAGGAGGGUUACCUUUUGAGUGGUUCUUAUGAUUGUAAAAUUUGUUUAUGGGAUGUGUCUGCUUCGCCUCAAGAGAAAGUGCUUGAUCCAAUCCAUGUUUAUGAGCGUCAUGAAAGUGUGGUUGGAGAUGUAUCAUGGCAUCCGAAGAAUGAGAACCUAUUUGGGUCUGUUGGGGAUGAUUGUCAGUUGAUGAUUUGGGACUUACGCACAAACCAAACGCAGCAUUCUGUCAAAGCUCAUGAGAAAGAGGUGAACUAUCUUUCUUUCAAUCCGUAUAAUGAAUGGAUUCUGGCGACAGCAUCUUCAGACACUACCAUUGGUCUGUUUGAUAUGCGGAAACUGACUGUGCCAUUGCAUGUUCUGAGUAGCCACACAGAGGAGGUGUUCCAGGUUGAAUGGGAUCCGAAACAUGAAACUGUGUUGGCAUCUUACGCUGAUGACCGAAGGUUGAUGGUUUGGGACCUCAACAGGAUUGGGGAUGAGCAGUUGGAAGGAGAUGGUGAUGAUGGCCCACCAGAACUUCUCUUCUCACAUGGCGGCCAUAAAGCAAAGAUAUCGGAUUUCUCUUGGAAUAAAUAUGAGCCAUGGGUCAUUUCAAGUGUAGCUGAAGACAACACUCUUCAAGUUUGGCAAAUUUCUGACAGCAUAUAUGGGGACGAUUAUGAUGUGCGAGCUUCCGAUGUCUAAUCAUAAAUUCUCAACCGUCAGCUUAGAAGAUAAUUUUCCUACCUUUUUUACUAGUGUAAGCUCUUGUUGUUGUUAGGUGCCGUGUUAAGACUUUUCUUUUGAGAUGAUUACAAGACUGGAAAAUUAUGUAUCUUCAAAAAGAACAGAGAGAGUUAAUAUUUGGAUGGAUUUGACAGAAUUGGUUU